CCACCUGUAGCAGCUCUGCUGACUGACGCCAUCCUCCCCCAAUGAGCCGGAGCACGGAGCCAAUCAAGGCCCUGCCUUCCCCGCAAGGAGGGGCACAUGCUGCUACAAGAGAGGAGGAGAAGCAAUUCACAGGCAGAUCAGGUGGAGGCACAGAGCAGGGCUCUCCCCAGUGCAUGGGCAAGGAGCCUCCUUCUGCUGAGACCUCGGACGUGGGGCCAGAGAGGCGACGGCAACUUCCCCUGCAUCGCGAGGCACCCUGCAGAGUCGGUCAUGGGAAAGCACAACAGCAAGCUGGCCCCUGAGGUGCUGGAGGACCUGGUGAGGUGCACGGAGUUCAGCGAGCAGGAGCUCAAGCAGUGGUACAAGGGCUUCCUCAAGGACUGUCCCAGUGGCAUCCUCAACCUGGAGGAGUUCCAGCAGCUCUACAUCAAGUUUUUCCCUUAUGGAGAUGCCUCCAAGUUUGCCCAACAUGCCUUCCGCACUUUUGACAAGAAUGGCGACGGGACGAUUGAUUUCCGGGAGUUCAUCUGUGCCCUGUCUGUCACCUCCCGGGGAAGCUUUGAGCAGAAACUCAACUGGGCCUUCGAGAUGUACGACCUUGACGGAGACGGGAAGAUAACCCGCUUGGAGAUGCUGGAGAUCAUUGAGGCCAUUUACAAGAUGGUGGGAACUGUCAUCAUGAUGCGGAUGAACCAAGACGGGCUGACACCCCAGCAGCGCGUCGACAAGAUCUUCAAGAAGAUGGACAAGGACAAGGACGACCAGAUCACCUUGGAGGAGUUCAAGGAGGCGGCCAAGAGCGACCCCUCCAUCGUCCUCCUCCUGCAGUGCGACGUGCAGAAGUAGAGCCCCUGGGGGCCUACCUGGACUGCCCACGGCAUCCCCAUCGCCAUCCCCCCACAGCCAUGUCCCUCUCACCCUGCGCCCCAGAGCCGCGUGCUCGCCUCCCCGAGGCACAGUUCUUCCUACCUGCAGUCUUCUGCGCUCCGCGCCCCUCGCAGACUGCCCGCGACACAUGCCAAGUCAUAGCCCUUUGAACGCCCUCUCCUUCGGAAACUCCCCGCCGCGGAUCUUCUGUCCCUCGACCCUACUGGCACAUCCUGCAGCCCAGCUACUCUUUCGCCCCUCGGGUUCCCCCACACCGGCUUGGGUCUCCUCCAGACACAAACCCUCCCACCUCAGAGCCUGAAACUGGACUGUCCGAGGCAGCGCUGACCCCGAAUGGACAACCUCGGGCUUUCCAGCUCCCUGCGACUGAAGGCAAAGACCCCCCCUUCCCUCUUUCCCCAGCUGUUGUCUUGUUCCAUGCGUUUUCAGCCCCAGCUGGCUGCUGCUGUCUGGUGCUGUUGGAUGCUAAGUUUUUAUAAAGCAGCAAAUUGCCCCUUCCUUAAUGCUGACUAUUCGUGAUGCCCCAAAAGAGUCUGGAGCUCCCCCUAAUGCGAGUCCCAGCCUCUUCCCCCCUCUUCCCACCCAGUAUUCAGCCCUUUCCUGGGACCCAAACUGACUUAGCAGCUGUGUUGCUGGGGCUUGGCCCUGGCUGAGCCCAGCCACUGCUUACACUGAUAAGAAGGCUGCUGUUUUAGUGUCCCCUCUUCCAUUUUUAGCUUUUCAGCCUCUCCUUUCCCUGCCACGAGCAGCCAGGAUGGGUGUCAGGCUCCCAGAGACGAGAGAGCUCGAGGUAUGUGUGGAGAGGUUAGGAAACGGCUGGCUUGAGCCGCCUCGUCCAUGAGAUCCAGCUGCUGCUGCCCAGCGUGGCAGGGCAGGAACCCCUGCACCCCUGCAAGCCGGCAGCUCGGGGCUUCGCCGUACACCACAAAUGCUGCUUUUCUUUCUAAACUUGUCUGUGUUUCAAGACCAGGAAGAAGCCAAGCUCGCACCCCGGCCCUCCACCCCCAGGCUGGCCAGAAGUCCAAGCCACCAGCAGUCGUCCACGGGCUGAGGGAAGGGCUGUGGAUGCCAACUGUGCCAGCCUGAGGCACCCCCAGGUAAAGUCCGUGGUUCACCUGGUCUCCACAGCACCUUACUAGGGGCGCUGGCACAUUGGGGCAACUCUUAUGUCCAAACAGUACCCUCUCCCUUGGGUGAUGGAGGGCAAGUGUGUUGAUACCGACACACAAUGGGAACAUCUGGGCAGGUUGGCAUGAGGGUGGGAAGGCUGUAGGUCCCUGCUAGGGGAAGGCAUCAUCUCCAGACACGGCAUGGUUUCUGAGGCAGCCUCAUUGAAAGGGUCUCUCGCUCCAAGGAGGGCUGGAAGGGGGCGUAGGGGUUGUCGGAGGGUAAGGGGAAAGGCUGGCGCAAGGCAUCGUGGAAGGAAGGUUUUGGUGGGUAGGUGAUGGGCUGAGGGUAGGGAGGAGAAUGGGAGCAGUGGCCUGUACAGGAUCGUGCAAUGGUAGAGACCACCUAGCCCAGCCUCUGCCAGCUCCGCCUGUGCUGCCUUUUCCCUAGAGAAGGUCUGCGGACAUAGGACCGACUUUCACACAAGAAACUGUUCACUGCACCUCCCCUCCCCAGCCUGCUGCCUCUGCCCCUCUCUGCCCCUGGACAGACAUUUCUUCACAGGUGUUACCUAGUCUGCUUGUUGUGGUUUGAUUAUUGUAAUAACUGUUAGAAACCCGUGGAGUUGUUCUAUUUUUUUAAAUGAAAAAUAAAGGUGUCCCAUACAAGGA